CCCGGUGAUGUUGCAGCUGUUUGGUCCUUCCCUCCCAGCGAUUUGAAGAGCGCCAGGCUGGAUAGCGCCUCCGGCAGAGAAAGGGGUUGUAAACCAACAGCCGGAGCGACUUUUCUGUAGCGCCCGCCAGUGGUCCGCCCGUUUUUACCAGCGUUUUUCUGGGUGGAGCCGAAACAGAUCUGGAAGGGGAUCUCAGAUCGACGUAACAGAAGUUUGUUCGCUUCUUCUUGGAAAUGUAGGCUUCUCUCGCUCACGGACUGUCUGAGGCAGUUGUAUGGAGUUACAGCGAAUCCCACAAACAGGAAACAGCUGGACUUAAAGCUGAGAGUGGAUUUUACAGGGACUGAGGUGGGAAAAGUUGGGACGAGGCAGUGACUUGUUGAGAAGCAGCUUUCUUCUGCGCGCUCAGAUUUAUGAAGCUCCAAGAUGCGCCUGUGGAGCGCGGCGCGUAAGCGAGGAGAGGACCCGGGGAGACCUCACCACAGGUCCGGUAUGAUGCGUUUGCUUUUCCUCCUGGCUCUCAUGGUGCCGUCCUGCGCCGCCUCCUGUCCGGACAAAUGCACGUGCUUAUCACAAACUGUAAAAUGCCAAAACCAGGGCUUGGACGAGAUUCCUCCUUCCAUCCCAACCACCACUAAAGUGCUGUUCGUCACAGGGAACAUCAUUUCCAGAAUUAGUGAGGCCUCUUUCCCCAGCCGUCUGGACCUCUUGACAGAUCUUUAUCUCAGUAGCAACAAGAUGGAGCAUGUGGAUGCAGUGGCAUUUAAAAACCUGCCAAAUCUCACUAAGUUGGACCUGAGUGACAACAGAAUCCAGAGCUUUAGUAACAGUUCUUUCCCUGAUGAUAAUAAACUGCAGUUUUUGAACCUGAGUGGGUCUUUAAACAACCACUUAACAGAUGAGGUCCUCUCAUUGUUCCACAGUGCAAAACUCCUGAAUCUCACCACCUUGGACCUGUCCAAUAAUUAUUUGGUGACUCUACCAGACGGCAUCUUCAGCAGCCUCUCGAGCUUGGCCACUCUGAACCUGAGGAACAGCUCCCUCCUCACCAUCCACAACCUGACCUUGCCCUUGCUGCAUGACCUAGACCUGAGGGACAACAGCAUGAGGGAUCUUCCCCCCACCACCCUAGCAGACUUCAGCCUCAAUCCUGACCUCCACAUCCAGUUGGCGGGGAAUCCAUGGCACUGCAACUGCUUCAUUGAAGACCUUCUGGCAUGGCUGAAAAACUCCACCCAGGUGGUGGAUGUGCACAACUUGACCUGCUCGGACCCUGAGGCCUUUAGACACCGGCUGCUGCUGCAGGUGGAGCCGUCAAAGCUGAAGUGUUACACUGACAUGGAGAGCGUUCUGGAGACUUCGUACGUGUUUCUGGGACUAGUGCUGGCUCUGAUUGGUGUCAUAUUCCUGCUGGUGCUCUACCUGAACAAGAAGGGCAUCAGGAGGUGGAUGCACAACAUCCGGGAUGCUUGUAGGGACCACAUGGAGGGGUACCACUAUCGGUACGAGAUAAACUGUGACCCGCGUUUAACCAACCUGAGCAUUAACUCGGAUGUCUAGAGUAACUGGGACCCUGCAGUGGAAAGUUUAUAAAGAUUUGCAUGAAAGUCUUCCUCCCCCAACGGCUCAGUCACAACUCUUCAUGUAGUCUCUGCUGCAUGUCUCACAUGGACGUGGCUGCAAACUGUAUAUUUCUUCUUCGUGACAUUGCAUGGACAAUGAAUGAAUUUUGUAGCCCCUGAGUGACGUCCUGUUUUUACAGAACUUUAAUAUGAAAGAACACUUGGUGAAAAACGCUCCUUCUCUUUGUUUCUGCCACAGAGAUAUGCUUUACUGCCUGAGUUUGUUCUUUUUAAUAGUGACUAUGUGACAUCAAGUAGACGAUGCCUUUCUGACUGAUUAUAGUAUAGUGUAUUAUACUAUAUUAUUGUAUAUUGUCUGGAUUUAGUAGAUGGAUGUGAUUGCUCUUUUUUGUGAAGGUAUUUAGCUAAAUAAAAGGCCUCUGGAUUGCUGGUA